AUUCAAUAAUGGAAAUGCUUGACAAUUCAGUUUAGCACGGUCCCCAAAAUUUCCCUCCAACUCAAAGUGAAACCCUUGCAUAAGAUGAGAAAUUUGUGUUCCCAUUUCCAAAACCCUUAAACCCAUCUUCUUCCUACCCGCCAUUUGUAGGAUGAAGUCCAUCCUCAACCCAAGGUUUUCAGUUUUAACUCCCAAAUUUGAUCUGUUUUCGGUCCCUUCUCAAUCCUCAACUUCAUUCUCUUUCCUCAACAAUCCACUUCGAAUCCCCAAUCAUCUGCGCCUCAACCCAACGUCCUUUUUGUUCAAUAAUUUAAUUUGCACAGCUCAAAAUCAAAGCUUGCAAACGGAUCCCUCUCCACCUCCUUCCGGCGAGAUUCAUGUCAUAGUGGGUCCCAUGUUCGCCGGCAAAACCACCUCACUCCUUCGUCGGAUUCAAUCGGAAACCGCCAACGGCAGAAAUGUGGCAAUAAUUAAAUCAAGCAAGGAUACAAGAUAUGGACUAGAUUCAAUUGUUACACAUGAUGGUGCAAAAUUACCAUGUUGGGCACUGACAAAUUUGUCAUCAUUCAAGCAGAAGUUUGGAGUUGAUGCUUAUGAGCAGCUGGAUGUGAUUGGUAUUGAUGAAGCUCAAUUCUUUGAAGACCUUUAUGAAUUCUGUCGUGAAGCUGCUGAUCACGAUGGAAAAACAGUAAUAGUUGCAGGACUAGAUGGUAACUAUUUGAGGAGGAGCUUUGGUUCUGUCCUUGAUAUAAUUCCCCUUGCUGAUUCUGUAACCAAGUUAACUGCUAGAUGUGAAAUCUGUGGGAAGCAUGCUCUCUUUACCCUGAGGAAGACACAAGAGAUAAAGAUUGAGUUAAUUGGUGGAGAGGAUGUUUACAUGCCAGUGUGUCGACAGCACUAUGUCAAUGGACAGGUAGCCAUCGAAGCAGCAAGACUUGUCCUUGAAUCUCAAAAGGUUGAAUGUGGCUCCCAUACAUGAAUAGGUCCACAUUCUUAGCGGUUGCAUGCCUGCUUAGUGUUCAAUCAUGGUUGUGCCAUAUCUACAUAUUACAAAGAACUGUCAAGUGGGAUCUUUUUUCAAUUAAGCUUGUCAAUAUAGUUUCAAUGCUUAAUUCUAAAUGAAAAUCUAGUAUUGAACUUGCUUCAUCUUAUGGACGUGGACUUCAAACAGAUAAGAGAGGUGGACCGGGGACUAUAUACCGUCCUUCUUUACCAUUAUAAUUUGAAGCCAAAACAAUUGAUGUAAAUUGUGUUUAGAUUUGAGGUUGGUGCAGCUCCGAACUAUAUAUACGGGAUUAAUCAAUCUGAAUAUACUAAUUUACGUACUGUAGGUUUAUGUAACAAUAUGAUAAUUUUCAAAACAGUUUAGUAAUGUUUAUCAAUGACCUUUGCAAUAUUAAUCCUGUUCAAAUUAAUUCAUGAGGUACCACUGUUAAAAACGGCCCGUUAAUUCAUUAGUCAUCAGUGAUACAGCAUGCUCUGCCACUCUAUUGCCAUUGCCAACCUAAAGUCUCCAAUCUUAAUGUGUCCAACCUUGCCAUCUAUGACAAUGUUGCAGCAUUUGUUGUUCCUAUGGAUUUUGCAGGGUUCAGCAUAUCAUGGUACUCCAAAUUCCAAGCCCUCAGUAUUUGCCUGGACUACUAUAUGGCUUUUUUGGAAACACGAUGGUACUUUUUCGGAGUGUGUAGCAUCAGAGAUUUGCAUGAGUACAAACUUCAAUGAUGCAGUUCCAAGUCCUCUGAAUCAGUCCUUGCAUGGAUGAAGGCAAAGAUAUGUUGCUUCUUUAGACAUUCAGAAACAACCACAAAUCUCAGUAAAAGCAACAUUAAGACAAGCAAGAAUUUAAUCAUAUUAAAGUAAAGUGUUGUACUUCGUCAAAAAUAGUUUGUUUUCUUCUUCAGGGAAUAUAGCACAUUAGGCUCAGCACUGUUACAGCAUAAUUCUUAGUCCUUUCAGUUUCAGUGUCUUCU